AUGACAUCAACACAGACAAUGCGUGAAAUUCUUCAAGCGGCAAAAGGGAUGCUUCCUGCAAGCCAACAGUCGACACAAAACAUGAUGAACAUCGAGGAAAUGGCUCGUAACUUAGUUGCCAAAAAGGUAUCAGCUUCACAUGAGAAGAGCGAAGAGGAGAAAGCGAAAGAGCGAGAAAUGGAGGAGAUGAAGAAGAAGAUAGAAGAUGUAUUAAAGAAAGAACGUGCGUGUAUGGACAAGAAGUCUUCUUCUGACGGACAGAAACUCAUUUUCUAUGAAAAAUACGAAGACAUUGCAUCGACGGAAAACGGCGCUGAGAAGCCAAAAAUACUUAUCUUUGGAAAGCACAAUUCGGAUAAGAUACAAAUUAUCGAGGCGAUUGUCGGCGAACAGUUUUACUCGUACAAAAGAAGUGUUGCUGUUCCAGUUGUGUUUGACCUGGUGUAUUCAAGACAACUCACACAGACAAGGUGCACUUUUAAAGAGAACGGACGCUGGACUGAAUUCAAUUUAAAUUCGGUCGAUGAUGUUAUUAAAGGGGUCUGCGAACAAAUUGGAGAGUCGAAUGUCUGUGCGCAACCCAUUGAAAUUCAAAUUGUGUCUAACAACGUUAUUCCAUCGUGUUUGAUCGACUUACCAAGCAUCGACCUUGAAUUUGGGAACGAUAAAAUGAAGAGUAAAGUCGACGAAAUGUACUCACUCUAUUUGGCAAAAAACAAUGUCACAAUAUGUGUCGACAAAUAUAACCAGAAGAGCGAAAGCGACUCCGCGAGAAAUUUCGCAGAACAGAAAAACAUGAAAAAUCCAAUUUUUGUAUUAACGGACUUUGAUGAAGAAAUCCACCAAAUGAAAACUAAAACUGAUUUGGAGCAGUUUUUUGCAGAUGAUGAGAAGUACGAUGAGAUCUAUGUCAGCGUCGUGAACGAGAAAUGCCAAAAUUCAUUCAAGAAAGAAUUGGACGAAAAGCACCUUGAGUGUGUCAAGAGGCUUGCAAGUCUGGGAAUUGGAGAGCACGAAAAGGAGAAAAUUGGGAUGUGGAGGUUGAAGGAAAUGCUAGAGAAUCGAGUGUUGAGUCUCUACGAUUAUUCAAUUGACACUAAAAUUACCGAGAAGAGAAAGAGCGUUAUAGAGCUUGAGAAACAAGUAUCAGCGUUACAAGAAGAAGAACGAAACUUUGUUGCGGACGACGAAUUGAAAAGCUUGCUGAGAAGUGAUGUGAGUGGAAUCGGUAAUUUGAUCAUUCAACUUAUAACUGGAGAGUGCACUGUUAAUCCUAAAGAAUAUGGAGAGACCAUUGGAGAAGAAAGACAAGUGAAUGGAGGAGAUGGAUGGGGAGGACUUGGGAACGAAAUAGACAUCGUUGGGAAAGAUAUGAAACUGUACGGAGGAGCACAAUACGAAAGACUGAUGAGAGAGACAGAAGCUGCGUUACUGACUUUGGAAUUACCAGUACCAACUGCCGACGAGGUUUGUGUUGCGAUGGGCAUCCAUGCGAUAGGAGGAAUGUUGAAUGGAGGAGAACGAGUGGUCAGUGUUGUGAUUAAGACGAAAGCAGCACAAGCACUCAACCCAGUGAUUAACAUCUUAACAAGGAGAAUCGUCCACAUAUUUGAAAGACUCUUUGACGUUGCUAUUGGUGCGAUGGAGAACAUCACCGCGGAGAAAAGUGUCUUUCAAACGGAAAGUGUCAAUAAAGCGUUGAAAGAUGUCUACGUCAAAUUUGUCAAAGACAAAUUGAAACGGUGCGAGAAAAUGCUGAAAGAGGACUUAAACUCAUUUGUUGCUGUUGUUGACUGGAACAUGUUGUCUAAUGGGAUGUACACACAAACAGAAGACGUGGAAGAAAUAAAAGCGGACGAGACCGACGAAGAAAAGAAGACAAGGAUCAAACAAAAAGUGCAAAGUAUAAUGGAAGUACGCGGGCAGAACGAACUUAAAAUACUACAGGAACUGAGAAACAUAGGCGGAGCUGAGUCACACCCCGCCAUCUGCAAAAUAUGUCAGAAGGUGUUUGGUGUCAUUAGAGAAAGCUUUUGGAGGAACACAAGAAGCAAAUUGAAUGCGUACUUUUUGCAACCAAUGAUUGGAGAGGUGAAAGAAGAGCUUUCAAGGCAAAUCCCAGUGUUGGACAACGUACUUCUCUCGUCGAGAAAAAGCGAGGAAGAAAGGAAAAGAGAUUUGGAGAACAUCAAAGGGAAAAAGAGUGUGACAUGUGAGGAAAUAGAAAAAUGCACUGAAGCUAAAAAUUUGUUGAAAUCGAUCAACACGGAAAGGCUAUCGCAGGUCAGAGGUUUUGAAGAACCUCAACUUAAAAAGAAAUUGAACUUUUAG